AUGAAUAAAAAUGAUGAAUCUCAGGAAGAUUUAAUUAUUCUUGUUAGUGGUAUGUUCGCUUUCAUUUCAUGUAUAAUGUCAAUUUUAGCAAUAACAACAUCAGGAUGGCAAAUUGAUAAUUAUCAUAAUCGAACAGGUUUAUUUCAAACAUGUUAUAAAGAUAAUUGUACAGAUAUAAGUGCUAAACAUGAUAUAUCAAUUAUAUUUGCUAUUCUUGGUCAAUGUUUUAUUAUAUUUGGUAUAAUUGGUUCAUUUAUAAAUGCAUUUAUAUCUCGAUAUCGUCUAAGUUAUCUUCUUGUAACUUGUUUUUUCUUUCUUACUUCUUUAUUUUUUUGGUUAACAAUUUUAACAAUUAAUUUCUAUUUAUUUCUGAAUGGUGGUAGUGCAAUUAUUUUUAAUGCAGCUAUAGCUUUUUCAUUAUUUGCUACAUUUACAGCAUCUUAUGCAUCAGGUACAUUUUUUUCAGUAUAUAAUUAUUCGAUUCAUUCAAGAACAUCUAAUAAAUACAAUCAAAUGAUGAUGCCAAUAGACUUAUAUCAGUAUACAUCAAAAACUUGA